AUGGGCACCCCAGGUUCAGACGUCUCCCUGCGAGUUCUAUACACCGUCAACACCUCACCACAGUACAUACUCGCGAAAGCGCCUCAUGGGAUCGCUUUCGUACCCACUCAUAGUACAUCGUCUCCCAUCUCUCCACCUAAACAUGGCCGUGCUUCAAUCAAAACUUGUGCAUUGGCGAUAUGUCGGUCGAGCCCUGAACUCAGACCAGACGCAACGAAGGACUUCUCAGUCUACGUCCUUGAUCCACUGGAAGACGUUGCUUCGAAUAGUCGGCUUCGUCAAGCCGGAGGAGUAGCAGUAGGAAUGGGCCUACUUUCUGGAAUUCUAUCUCCCUACAUGCCAGACACUACUAUGGUAAAUGGUACAUUCGUUGCUUGCGGCCAAACAGAGGAUGCUCUUGAAGUCGUUAUGUCUCUGAGACAGGUGACCCCAUCUGUCAUUCAUGGUCACGGAGUGAAUGAGCAGUCUCAAAUUGCCUCGAGCGGACCAAAGGGCAAAUCUGCGCUAAAACGCUCGCUGAGUGAACAACCUUAUUUAACAUCGAAUCCACUGUCUCUCCCUUCCUUGGACGAGCGCAUCUUCGCCUCCUAUACCCAGCCCAACCAGUGCGAGCAGCAAGCCACCAGACCUAAAGAACUGCGAAAGCCCAAUCCAGCCCAUGCGACACGUGCGCAUCAACUUCCGACUCCGUAUAUUGGUCCACCAAAACGGAAGUAUGUGAGGGAAUCGGAGCGAAGUAAGGAGCAAAUGACAGAGAGCUCAUUAGGAAAAGGCGAUUUGUCUGAGUUGUCGGACAUGCAAAAUAGUGUGACUUGCGAAGGAGCGAAUAACGGCGGUACUGCAGAGCCCACUAGCUCCCAAACAUCGACCUGUCCGGAUGUCGGACGUCCAGCACCCUUUGUUCAACCAUGCACCUCAAAUGGGACUCCGGAUAUGUCUGAGGCCGCCGUAAUGUUGGCGGCUUUAUCAGCUGUGUCUUCUGGAGCCCCCGGUUCAGCAGGAAAUUCCACUAUUCAGGGAAACGGACAGCCUAAUCCCGAACUGGUGUCUUUCCUUCGCAUCUACCUUGCACUUUUGGAAUCCCAACAACAGCAGGCAGAAAGUAAUGCCGAACCGGAAUGCACAUCCAGCACGAGCCAACAACCUAUGUUGCCAUCGCGAUCUCCUAUGGCUGUUGAAGCUACCAGUUCACAUUCGAUGAUGCCUCCGAGUGCGCAAAAUAAGUCUGUUGACAAGGAAAAUCAAAAGCCGAACCCCGCUCAAGAGGCUUUGAAGAAUGAGAAGACCAAAUGUCCCAUUAAUACGUCGCCAUUGGGUGGGGCUCGGUUCAAUGCAAGGACGUCAGAAGCUCAGCUAUCAACUGCGGAGAACCUCGAACAGCCAACCCCGCUCAUCACUAAUACGGCAAUGGCCACGGCACAGCAGGAGGGCGAGCGCCCUCGGAAAAGGAAAUUAAGCAAUGCUUUGUCUGAGGAUCAGAGUUCGCAAACCAGGCGAAGGUCGCCGAGCACUUCAAAGAGUUCGCCAGCAGUUGACAAUCUCAACGGUAUUCGCGUUAACACGGGUUGGGGAGGGCUACGUGUAAUGUCGGACGGAAGUAUGUGGGGUGAGCAUCCUCCUCGAUCGGCUUUAUCCGCUGCUCCCUCCGCUUCAUCUUCUGGACCCAAAGAGCAACCGUUCGUCUUCCGCUCAUCAGCGAAAGUCGUCCCAACUGCUCCUAUCCGAAAAGGGCCAUACAUUGUCCCUGACUGGGCGAAGGGGGUGCCGCCACCAUCUCCUCCACAUAGACCAGAAUCGUCGGUCGAGGAUAGGAAAAAGGCAAAGAAACAGAGCAAAGCAAAAGGGUUGGGGCGACUUGGAGGUAGGUCCUCUGUUAAACGGGUGCCUAGCACAACUAAGGCGCCCGACGCUCCUACGACGCCUCCACGGAACACACAGGAAGGGCAUUCAGCUUCAGCGAACCUAUGUACUUCCCCAAAACGGACCCCGGAAAAACGUCCUAUAUUCGCAUAUUCAUCUCCUGUUGGUAAAUCCGCAGUUUCGACGUUAUUUCAAGCCAUCCAGACCUCCCCAUGUCGACCAACCUCUACCCGUAAAACAAUAUACUCGACUCCGGCCAGGCAAACCAACUUGUUUCCAAGCGGUUCCGCUCAUCAAUCCUCUCUGUUUACUCCUUCGCCUCUUACUGCGAGGGACCCAGCAUCCGUUUCAAGACACGGUGACUUAUUCACAGGAGAAGAACCUCCUCCUUCUCCGACACCAACGAAGAGACGUCCUGCAAAUUCAGAGGUCCUAACGAGUCGUCAGGAUCUAUUAACACCUGGAAGCUCAGAACCUGUCUCUAUUUCCCAAGGGGAAGGUACUGAUCCUCCGAGUUCGCUUCCCGUCGCGAGCAGUGAUGACAUUUUGGACGACAACUCUCUUCAAGCGCCUUCGAUGUCCUCCGAUUCGACUAUUGCGAAUCCGAAUAAAAUACACGAUUGGUCCUUUCUGGAUCUACCACCGUCAUCUCCUCCACUACCGUCCAGCCCCUCUCUCCUGCCUAUGGAAGGUAGUGACUUGCCCUGCUUUGACAUUCCUUCUGAUUUAUCGGAAGUCGAAUCGCCUUCGGUGAUCGCUUUCGACAUUGAUAACUCGGAACACCCUUCGCACGAACAUCAGGUCGAGAUGCGGAAUUCUGAUACCAUUGCAAGUGAUCUUGUCUUCAGUCCGAGCCUCGUCAGCUCAAAUGAGGGCAUGUCGGAAGCGUUCGGAGUUCAUGAUGAUGCUCUUUUUUACAUGACUGGAGAAGAGGGACCUGUUACUGCCGCGGUUGAAGCGCUCGACAAUGGCUUAGGACAAGAAGACUUUUCUGAAGCUUGGGAUUUUUUGCAGUCUAUGUUCGAUCAGUAUCAGGUCACGCAGGAUGCAAGAACCAAUAACGGAGAACCCGACACAGCAGCGACUCAGAGCUGGAUCUCAGAAGAUCCUGCUUUCGCUUCAGGCAUUGACUUCAACUCAAGCUUUGCCUUCGCUCAAGGGAGCGAUAGUCAAGCACUUACUUCUGGCCCUUCCGCAAUUACACAAGCUGUGAGCGCUGUGGCUGCAAAUUUCGAAGAUAUAUUGAAAGGCUGCGUAGUUUAAACGGACUUUAUCAUGUUUUUUAUAAUCAAGCAUUUUCUUAUUGGUCACACAUACCUGCAAUCGUGUUUGUUGUUGUUCUCGCAUUGGAUGUCCAGCUUUUGAUAUGAAUUGUUAUUUGCUUUA